AUGGCUCUUGACAACAUUAACACGUCGUUACCUCCUCUUCUGAUUCAUCCCGACUUUGAAAUUGCAUCUAAUGAACCUCCAUACAAUCCUGAUAUUCAUUUGUCACCGACUGAACCUGAAUUUGUCGUACUACUUGAUGGUUACCGGCAUGUACCCAAAGCUCCUAAACUCGAUAAACCAGUGGCAUCGAAUGGCGAAAGUCAAAUAGCCUAUACAGGUCCAUUUAGACUACUGAGUGAUGAAGGCUAUCAAGUUUUACGUAAAAUUCUUCAACGUGAACUUGUGCAUCAGCAAAGCAACGACCGUUGGCCAGCUUUUAUUCGUAAUGCUGGCUACCGCAGUAAAUGGCUUCAAGAUUUCAAUCGAUGUCCACGUGUACUUGAACAUUUGUCGCGCAUGACAGGAGAUGUUAAUCUCGUGCCAACUGCAUUUCAAAACAGCUAUAGCCAUAUCAAUAUUGGCUAUGAAACUAAGAGGAAUAUCGAUUCGUGGCAUUGCGACAGUGUACCCUACGUUGUCAUUUUGCUUGCAUGUGAUAUGAGUCAAACGGUUGGUGGUGAACUGCAGCUUAUUGAACGCGAGCCGAAAGAAGCAUUUCGUCUUAUUGAGGAGUACAAGGGCAAAGUGCCAAAAGAUUUCAUUCGACCAAUCGACUAUCUCGGUCCCAAUUCGUGCAGUCGAUUAGCACAUCGAGUAACAAACAUUCAAUCCUGUACAGAACCUCGUAUUACUAUUGUCAACUCAUACAUGUCAACGAAUCCAUUUGCGACAGAAUGUACACGUUACGAUACUUUUCGGAAAGAAGUCACGGCUGAUUUAGAGUAUGCAAUACAUAAGACAUGGCGUGCCAAUGCCCAAAUGCUUGAUCUUGCCAUCGGUGAUCAUCCAUGGCCAACACGAGACCAAAUCAUUGAUCGACUCACAAUGGCCAUCAAUGAACUGAAUUUCUGUCGCGAGGUUCUAUUGGGCACAAAAUCGGAUCACAUUGGCUACUAUGACGAAAACAAACAAGAGAUAGGCAACUAUGAAAUGUCUCCAUCUGCAAACGAUAAUAAAAACUAA